GUGGCCGAAGGAGGCGCGAGGGCGCGCGCGCGGGAGGUUGGGCUGGCCGGCCGGCCGCGAGGGGAGCUCGGCGGGACCGGGGAGCGGGCAGAGCGCGCGCGCGGAGGGGCGCCCAUGGUGUGGCCUCAUGUCUAAGACGCUGCGGAGGAAGCGCCACUGGCUGAGCAAGGUGCAGGAGUGCGCCGUGUCCUGGGGGGGCGGCCCCGGCCCGGACCCCGACCUCCUGCGCGGGGGCGCCGAGCGCGGAGAGUUCCCUUACCUCGGGGGCCGCCUGCCGACGCUGGCCGAGUCCGGAGGCGGCGGGAGUGGCCCCGUCCUGCUCUCGGGGAAGCCCCCCGCCCCGGGGGACGUGCUUCUGGAGGUGAACGGCACCCCGGUGAGCGGCCUCACGCACCGAGACACCCUGGCCGUCAUCCGCCACUUCAGGGAGCCGGUGCGCCUCAAGACCGUGCGGCCAGGCAAAGUCAUCAACAAAGAUUUGCGUCACUAUCUAAGUCUGCAGUUCCAGAAAGGUUCAAUUGAUCAUAAACUACAGCAGGUGAUCAGAGAUAAUCUCUACUUAAGAACAAUCCCAUGCACUACAAGAGCUCCCAGAGAUGGGGAGGUCCCUGGGGUGGACUAUAAUUUUAUACCUGUUGAACAAUUUAAGGCACUAGAAGAAAGUGGAGCCUUGCUAGAAAGUGGAACAUAUGAUGGAAAUUUCUAUGGUACCCCUAAACCUCCAGCCGAGCCAAGCCCAUUUCAACCAGAUCCAGUAGACCAAGUGCUUUUUGAUAAUGAUUUUGAUCCAGAAUCUCAAAGAAAAAGAACCACAUCAGUCAGCAAGAUGCAAAAAAUGGACAGUUCAUUUCCUGAAGAAGAGGAGGAGGAAGAAAAGGAAGCAGUUAAUGGUAGUGGAGGCACAGCUGUAGAAAACAAAGAAAGACAUUCAGAUUCUUCUGACUGGAUGAAGCCUGUUCCUAGUUACAGUCAGACAAGUAGUUCGAUGGAUUUCAGAAACUAUUUAUCAAGGGAAGAAAACCUAGAGCCUCUACCCAAGAACUGGGAGAUGGCAUACACAGACACAGGCAUGAUCUACUUCAUUGAUCACAACACCAAAACUACCACCUGGCUGGAUCCUCGCCUUUGUAAAAAAGCCAAAGCUCCUGAAGACUGUGAAGAUGGAGAGCUUCCAUAUGGUUGGGAGAAAAUAGAAGAUCCUCAGUAUGGAACAUACUACGUUGAUCAUAUUAACCAGAAAACCCAGUUUGAAAAUCCAGUUUUGGAAGCCAAACGGAAAAAACAGCUAGGACAGAUGGAUGGAGGCCCUUCAAAUCCAGAACCAGUGAAGUCUCUCUUCACCCGAGACCCAUCGCAGUUGAUAGGAGCACUCAUACGGACAUCAUUGAAGAAAAGCAAUAUGGGCUUUGGCUUCACAAUCAUUGGUGGAGACAGACCAGAUGAGUUUCUGCAGGUGAAGAAUGUACUGAAAGAUGGACCAGCUGCACAGGAUGGCAAAAUUGCACCAGGUGAUGUCAUUGUGGACAUAAAUGGCACAUGUGUCUUGGGCCAUACCCAUGCUGAUGUUGUCCAGAUGUUUCAAUUGGUUCCUGUCAACCAGUAUGUGAACAUGACUCUGUGUCGUGGAUACCCUCUUCCUGAUGAAAAUGAGGACCCUGUUGUAGAUAUUGUUACAGCCACUCCUGUCUUAAAUGGUCAGCAAAUAAUAAAAGGUGAUACUUGUAUGAUCAACCAAGAGUUAAUACCUGGAACAAUGGUUUUGGACCAGAAUGGAAAGCCAGGGCAUAUCUUACUCAAUGGACGCUUGAAUGGCCCAUCCACAGACCUCAACGAACAGAGGGCCUCAGUGUCUUCUUCAGGAUGCUCUCAAGCAGAACUGGUCACAAUUCCUCUGAUCAAGGGACCUAAAGGUUUUGGAUUUGCAAUAGCUGACAGCCCUGUAGGGCAGAAGGUGAAGAUGAUCUUAGAUAGCCAGUGGUGCCAUGGUCUUCAGAAAGGGGAUAUAAUUAAAGAGAUUUACCAUCAGAAUGUGCAGAACUUAACUCACCUUCAGGUGGUAGAAGUACUGAAGCAGUUUCCAGUUGGAGCAGAAGUGCCACUGCUUAUCCUAAGGGGAGGCCCUUCCUCACCUACUAAAAGUUCCAAUGUUGUGAGUAUUGAUAAUAAACUAGAUAAGCAAGAAAAUUCAGGAAGCCAAGAGACCAUCAGUGAAUCAGCCCCACAACCCAUGCCUUUUCCACCCAGUGUUCUAAGGUCAGCGUCCCCAAAGCUAGACCCUUCAGAAGUCUACCUGAAGUCUAAAACAUUGUUUGAAGAAAAACCUCCAAAUACAAAAGAUUUGGAUGUUUUUCUUCGAAAGCAAGAGUCUGGCUUUGGCUUCCGUGUUCUUGGAGGAGAUGGUCCAGAUCAGUCAAUCUACAUUGGAGCCAUCAUCCCACUGGGUGCAGCAGAAAAAGAUGGUAGACUCCGUGCUGCUGACGAGCUGGUAUGCAUUGAUGGUAUCCUGGUCAAAGGGAAAUCACACAAGCAGGUUCUGGAUUUAAUGACUAGUGCUGCACGAAAUGGCCAGGUGCUGCUGACUGUCCGCAGAAAGAUCUUCUUUGGUGUAGAUAAACAACUGGAAGAAGAAUCAUCACCCCAAGUUCCCAUUUCCUCGCAGAACGGCUCUCCUAGGCUAAACCGAGUAGAGCUACACACCAAGCAAUUCCCAGAAGCCUAUGAUGUUGUGCUGCAACGGAAGGAGAAUGAAGGAUUUGGCUUUGUGAUUCUUACCUCGAAAAACAAGCCACCACCUGGUGUGAUUCCGCAUAAAAUUGGGCGUGUCAUUGAAGGGAGUCCAGCUGAUCACUGUGGAAAACUGAAAGUGGGAGAUAGAAUAUCAGCAGUGAAUGGCCAGUCAAUCGUAGACCUCUCACAUGAAAACAUUGUGCAGUUAAUCAAAGAUGCAGGGAACACUGUCACACUCACUGUUGUUGCUGAAGAAGAGCAUCGUGGUCCCCCAUCAGGAACAAACUCUGCCAAGCAGAGUCCAGCCCUACAGCAUCGGCCGAUGGGAACAGUGCCAGCCAGCUCUUUGUCUACUGACAGGAGUGCUAUAGAAGCUGAUACUGGAAAAGAACAAUGCAACAGUUUCAAGCACUUCUCGUCAUCGGAAGGUGUUUCAUCUGUCACAGGGAGCAAACUAUCUCAGAUCCCUGGAUGUUAUCCUGUAGAAUUGGAGAGAGGUCCUCGAGGUUUUGGAUUUAGCCUUCGUGGAGGAAAGGAGUAUAACAUGGGGUUGUUUAUUCUUCGGCUUGCUGAAGAUGGCCCUGCCAUUAAAGAUGGGAGAAUUCAUGUUGGGGACCAGAUUGUUGAGAUCAAUGGGGAGCCAACCCAAGGAAUCACCCAUACCCGAGCCAUUGAAUUGAUUCAGUCUGGAGGAAAUAAAGUUCUCCUCCUUUUGCGACCAGGAACCGGCUUAAUACCAGAUCAUGGUGAUCUGGAUAGUUUGAAUCCAACAUCCUCAAGUGUAACACAUGGUGAACAGACACCACUUCCCUCAUCUUCACAUUCUGCUUCCACAUCUGAAGCAUCUCAUUUGCCAGGACCAGAAGAAGCUUUAGUGAAAGUCCAGACGCCUGAGAAACUGGAAGAGCUGAAGAAAACUGUGCCUGAAAAGAAAAGCACUUUAAUGGAAAACCACUUGGAGAUUAAGAAUGCAACUUCUGCACAAAAGAAUGUGAACAAACGGGACCACCCCUCCAGUAAAGGUGAUAAGGUGGUACACAGUACUGCACAGUUGGCAGUGGGCAAUGCAACCAGCAGAGGCAGAUCAGCCAGCCCAAAAAAGUUGAGCAAUAGUACUUCCAAAGGCCAUAAUCAAGCACCAUGCAACAGCCCUCGAAUGGGUGAACCUAAAAAAACCACCAAGGGUUGCUUAGACCAGCCAGAAAGUCCCAAAAGAUGCGAAAACAAGCACCCGGGAACCACUGAGUGUGCAGAUAUUGGGAAAGUCCCUGUCAAGGAAAAGAGAGGCAGAUCUGCCAGUCCCCAGAAAUAUCCAAAGAAAGAAAGAAGCAGAGAUAAUCUGAACACAGAGCAAAGAUUAACAGAAUUUAAAAGUGGAACACCUGUUAGUGAAAAGCACACAACUGUGCUACCAAUAGAAAAAGUGAAAUUAGGAGGCAUAAAAGAAGUCACAAAGCAAAACAUAUCUGGGAAGGAUGAGAAAUGCCCUUCAGAGACAGCACAUUACAAGUCAGAGGAGCAGUCUCUUUCACUUUCUGAGGCUAGUCAACUUAGAAAGAAAACACUGGAAGAUGAAAAAAUCAAAAGCUCUAACCAAUUAAAAAUGGCAGGUCUUCCUGAUGAUUCAGUACUUUCUGGAGAUAACAACACUAGGCUUGAAGCAGAAGAGCCUGUUGUCCUGAACAAAUACAGAGACAAUGACUUGGAGUCAGCUGAUAAAACCAAAGAGGAUGGAAUUUUCAAAACUGAGAGCAGAUCUCCUGUAAAGAAAGCUAUAACUCCUGGACCUUGGAAGGUACCAAGUGCAAGCAGAGUCACAAAAGCAACAGGUGUGACUGACAAACGGGUUUGACUGACAAACUUUUUUAGAACAUAUUUUAAUCAGGUUUCUAAUGUGGCCACUUAAAACAGUUUUUCUUUUCACAAAACUGUCAUUUUUUCAGACACUGUGAUGAACAGAAAGUACAUUUGAUUGGAAGUUAAAUUAGGCUGCAUGAAGGACCUUUUGGAUUGCAUAUAUGAAACUCUUCAAAAGCUGCUGUCCUUUGGUCCCUUUGAAGGUGGUGUCCUGCUGCUCCUGAUGUUGCACUGCUAAGGCUUUCUGAUAGUAUUGUGAGAUAAUGAACAAAAUUAUUUAAUGCCUAUUAUCAGUGUAAUCAUGACUCACUACUCUUGUUCUUGUGCCAAGUUAUCUACUGUAUCCUGUUGAAUCUUCUGCAUUUUCCACUGCCACAGAAAAGGGGAAAAAAAGUUUAAAAAUGAGUAUUUACUCAAGCAUGCUGCAUGUUUACAUAGGGAAUAUUUCUGAGUUCUCGCUGCUCAAGCAAGAAGUUAGAUGUGCUUGGUUUUCUUGGCUCUCUGGAGUCAGGGAGCAAACAUGCCCCAAAUGCCUUUUUUCACAAAGCUCUCUUCCACCCUCCUCAAACCUGUCAAUACCAGCAUAAUAACUUUAAACAGGACAGUGCCCCUUUAUAUGUGCUUUUUUGUCAUUUGCUCUCUUCACUACCUUGUUUGAGUUGUCCAUUCCAACUUUAAAAUAUGUGAUACAAAUUUAAAUCUGAAAGCUGAGUAGUUUUAAAAUCACAACAGUUCUCUUAAUUUCAGCGUGAUUAUAUUGAAGUAAGUGGCUUCAGGAUUGCCAUGAAAUUAUAUCCUGAUUAUUAUUUUUUAACAAGCACUUUUAACAUUAGUUAUUAAACAUGCAGAGUGUGCAUAUGCUUUCAAGCUUACUGCCAUGCUGUUUGUCAGCAUCUCCCAUCUGUUGUUUGUUUUUUUGCUUAAUGCUGUCUAAACACUUGAAUAUUUCCUGCCUUGGCUCAAAAUUCAAGAUCUUAAAACACAGCAGAGUAAACCGAUCCACCAAAGUCAAAUUCUCAACAAUUGUCCUUGCUUAUCGCUAUUACUAGAAGACCUCACUUUGUUUUCCAUUUUUUUUACGUACCUCUCUUACUUCUGUGUGAGUGUAAAUAUGAUAGUGAGGAAUGUUAACAGUGGAGCACAUUUGCACCUCAGACACAUAGUUAAUUGUGAUGGGAUUUCAGGAGAUGGCAAGCUGCAAGAAUGGAGACUUUGAAUUUUACAUCAUUCUAGCAAUGGAUUUGGCAGCCUCUGAAUAAGCUUUUGUGAGUUUGAUCCAUCUCAGCAAAGAGUUUGAUCCCUUAUGUUACCCUAAAUCAAAGAUUUCCACAUUUUGUCAGGGAGCUUCCUCUUCCAGUAGGCUGUUUAAUUGUAGUAGACUUCUUUCUUCCAGCUUUCAAGUCUUGUUCUCUAGUUUUAUUUUUUUAACAAGACUUUUUCUGGUUCCACCCAGGCAACUCAUAUUUUAUUCUUUCCCCUUUCUUCUCAAACUUACUUUCUUUCCUUCAUCCAUUAGUUUCUCUUCCAGUCCUUUUUUUACCUGUUCUGUUAGUUACAGUGUAUAAGUGAUGAUUUCUCAAACAUGCAGAAUGUUUUGUAAUGGAACUUUCAGUGUGUGUGUGUGUGUGUGUGUGUGUGAGUGUUUUCAUUUUGGGAAUGUCUUAAUGCAAUGUCUGGUUAAUAAGUUCUGCAAGUUCUUUAGUGUUUUAAGCUUGUUUUGCUUUUUGCGCGGGAGUGUGUGUGUUUGAGAUGGGACAAAACAAGUUCCUUCCAGCAUAGCAGCAUUGUGGCAAAUGGAUGUCUGCAAAUUAAGGACACAUUGUUAAUAUUGCCAUUUAAGAACUCUACUACUGCUAACAUUCUUCUCCCUUCCUCUCCCCUCUAUUUUGUGAAAUCCCUAUCUACUAAAG